AUAUAAAUAAAUAAAGACAUGGACUCCUCACAGGGCGACAAUGUUGAACUUAUAGGCCAGGAGGAGGAGGAGGAUUUGGGUGACGAUGAGUUUGGCAUAUCGUUUCUGCAAGACAUCAUAGAGUUGGAACACUCCUUUGGCUAUGACUGCAAGCGACUCUUCAACCUGGUCAUGUUGGAUGAUGACACACUGAUCUUUGUUUCUGGCAAUUUCUUGCAUUACUUUAGCAUAUCCCGGCGUGAGGUGACCUUUCGUGAGACGGUGUUCGGCUGUGGCAUUGGCUUCAUAACGAAAAACGAACGGCCGGAAUUUAAGGAUUUGUUUACUGUGGGCGAGAAUGGACCGCGUCCGACAAUCUUCAUCUAUGAAUAUCCAUCGCAUGAUGUACGAAUCAAGCUGACGGGUGCGGCCAAGACUUGCCUUACGGCGGGUUCCUACAAUGCCAGUGGCGAGUUGUUUGCCUCACAGGCGGGCUAUCCUGAUUUCAUCAUAACCAUCUGGCGUUGGGAGCGUGCUGAAGUUGUGCUCCGUGCCAAAUCCUUUCAGAGUAACAUUCUCUUUGUUCACUUCUCCGAAUACAAUCCCAUAUUGUUGUGCUCCUCUGGCCUGAGUCACAUUAAGUUCUGGAAGAUGGCCAACACUUUCACGGGCCUGAAACUGAAGGGGGAUUUGGGUAGAUUUGGCAAGACGGACUUCAGUGACAUCCACGCGAUGUAUAUGCUGCCCGAUGAGAAUGUCAUCUCCGGGUGCGACUGGGGAAACAUGUUGCUGUGGGAGGCGGGUCUCAUCAAGUUCGAGAUUUGCCGGAAGGGAAGGAAACCGUGUCAUUUGAAGCCCAUUACACGGAUUACCAUGAAGAAUGGCGAGGUGACCACGGUGGGCAUGGAUGGCUAUGUUCGUGUCUGGUAUUGGGAGACUGUUGAUCUUGCUGAUCCUCCCGAGGAUGAUUUGUUUGUCGAAAUCGAUCCGAUUUAUGAGUUUAAGAUCUCCGAUGUCGAGAUCCGUGCAAUGCAAAAGAUUAAACCCUUCGAGGAGAUGGACUUUGGCUAUUAUGCUCAGGAUGGCAACGGAGGCAUCUGGUUUUGUGACAUAAAUACCUACGAUGUGCCACGCCCACCACGUCAGCUUUAUUCCUGCGUGGGUGGGCGUGUCCUUGCCGCCCAAAUGUCGCCCAUCUCCCCGCACAUGCUGACCCUCUCCGAGUCGGGGAAGAUCUUUGUGUACGACUUUGAGGCACAGCGUCUGCUCCUCGAGAAACAGUUUGCGGGUAAUGGUGUGGAUAUACUGUGGAUCGAUACACAAAUCUCUAGCCUGGGCACUGAACUGGUUGCCGGCUUUGAGGAUGGCAUACUGCGUCAUAUCUUUCUGGAUCUCAGCAAUCCGGCGAAGGCUUCCAUGCAUCUGGUGACGGCUUUCAAGGCACACACAGCUUCCAUCACUUGGCUGACCAUCAAUCGGAGCAGCACAUUGCUCGUAAGUGGCUCUGCCGACAGGAGCAUGUUUAUUUACGCCCUGAGCAACGAUUCGUCAACUGGCCAGCAACUGGUGCAACUGCGUCCACUGGGAUUUGUUGAGUUCAAGGCUGUGCCCAGUUGCUUCUAUUGGCAUCCGGAGGAACAGUCUGUUGUCUUGAUUGGCUGCAGGUCUGGCGAGGUCUAUGAGUACAAUAUACGCACCAAUGUUACCCAACAGGAGACCUAUCUCUCCUACAACAUCACGGAUCCCGCCCGGCUGCGCAGCACCCGCUUCGUCUCCGUCAAGAGUCGCAUCCGCCGAGAACUGUGGCGUGAGAAGAUCAAGAAGCGCAAGGAGAAGAAACGCGACCGUAAAAUGCGUGAGAUUGAGAAGCUGAAGAAAGCGAAUCCUGGCCUGCAAAUCGAUAUGGAGAGCGCCCUGGCUGAUUCGGAGCCAGAUGAGGAGGAGGAACCGUUGCAUAUACCCAUCAUUCCCAACCGCAUUAUCUGGUUGCGCUACACUGAACGCAACACCAUCUGGGUCUCCAUGGCGGGCUACGAUGCCGGCUACGUCUAUGAGCUGGAGUUUGAUGCUCCGGAACCCACGAUAUGUACUUUGAUCACGGAUGCUGACGACGUUGAAAUCCAUUCCUACCACAUCGUUGACGAGUACAUCUUAUUUGGGAUGAUGAAUGGCAGUCUGCGAAUCAAUCGAUUUAAUGCGGAGAACUUUGCAGACCUCGCUGAUUAUCGGAAUUAUCCGAUGCACGAUGCUCUCAAAGGCAUUAUUCCUUGCAUCAUGAGUAGCUAUGAUGGCCAGCGUCUCGUAUCUGUUGGCUACGAUGGCAAUGUGUUUCUUUACAAAUGGAAUGGUCCAAAGGUUGCGAGGAAUUUUUUGAAGAAACCUUUGCCGUCGAUGCCGAGCAUAGGCCCAGUUGUAGACAUAUUUGACCCGGAGACGCCUUCAUUGGAGCAGGAGAAGAUCAAUGCGGAAUUAAAGCGUCAACAGGAGGCAGCCGAGGCACACGAUCGCGAUGUUCUGGUCAAGAUUGGACAACUACAAAGUGUUUACUUUGAGAUUGUGCGACGAAAUGAUGAACUUCCGCCUGGUCUACGUUUUCCCGAUAAGGAUCUCCUUCUCGAUCCACGAAUCACUCGACAAAUCCGUGACGAGCUUCAAGCCGAGCUGGACGAUGUGCGCGAGGAUCUGGCCUAUGAUCUGGAGUUUGCCCAAGUCGGCCACGCAAAGCUAUACAAUCAUUUUCUAAAGAAGUUGGAUCAUGUGCCCUUUACAAUUACUCCACUUUGUGCCAAUGUGGAACCCGUGUCCACGUUUCGCUUGGAGACGCUAGGCGAGGAGUUCAAUCAAAUUAAGCUUGACAUUGAGGAGCGUAUCAAAAGGGAGCAGGAUAUGCGUUUAACCGAAGUGAUUGCCUACGAGGAGAAGGAAGAUUCUAUAACUGGGCCCUCACCAGAAAGCUUCUUCUUCGGUCGUGAUCCGAAGAACAUAACGCCUAGAUUUAGUAGGAAAAUGAUGAGACUCCUACAUCGUUAUCGCAGUCGACAACUUUACGAGGUGCGACGCAUCUUCGAUUGGGACAAGUUGGAAAGGCAGAAACCUGAUCCGAAUCGUAAUCAUCCCGAUGAUGACGCAAAGAUUGCGGAAGCACAACGCAAUUUGGGAGAUUAUAAACUGAAGAUCAAUUCGGAUUACGAGCCCAAAUCUACGGAGACAUUGACUGCAAAGUAUAUAGAGAUUGUUGAGUGUCGGGCGAGAUACUUCGAUAUGAUAGAUUCAUUUAAUCAGCGAGUGAUCGCGUUGCGCGAUCAUAAGAAGGAAUUGAUGGAGUUUAUACAGAAAAGACGCGAUCGUUUGGAGCGCAUUCAUGAAUAUCUGCCCGAAGUAAAUCGCAUACAGUUGAAGAAGAUCAAUGCGAUCGACAUGGAAAUGGAGUAUCCAGAGUUGAAUCUCAUCGAGCACUUUUCGCCCGGCUGUGGAGUGAAUGUGGAUGAUAUACUCGAGUUGAGUAACACUGUGGAGGAGAUUAUCAGAUUAAGAAAACCACAGCGCACGCUAGACAAUGUUAGUAUUUAUGAGAUGGCCGCAUUGGAUAAUUCAGAUCUGCAGGAGGUGACCAAGUUCAAGGCCUUGCAAAUCUCCAAAUUGAGGAGCACAUUGCCAGCGGAAGAGUUAAGGGAAUAUAUACAGAAUCUGCCAGCGGCAAGUGAUCUCGCUUACUAUGAACCGGAUGAGGAGGGGAAUUCCCCGAUGAUGCAGGAAAUGCAACAUCGUUGGUUGCGUCUGUUGACCGUUGAGCAGAUCCAUAUCAUUGGCCAGGUCGAUGAGCAAAUUCGGUUGUUCGACUUACAAAUGGAAAAGAUUCAUGUGGAUCGCUUUUACACUAAAUUGGACUCGGAAUUUCUCACCUCCUUUAUGAUCAGCCUGAACCAGGAGUUGUAUAUUUUACGGGAUAGCGAAGAGAUCGAGACGCAGCUGCUCCAGAAUGCCAAGCAUGCGAUGGGCACUCGCAACGAGCUCCAGGUUGUGAUCAAUGCCACCAACCGGCAAUUGGAUGAGCUUCGUAAAACCAUUGAGAAAAUCAAUGAACAAAUCUCUGGUCUGCAAGUUCUCUUUAUGAACACGAUCAAGGGACACAAGUUCUAUGACUUUUUGCGUCGCAUUUUUAAAAAAAAAUGGCGUCCACCAAAGCGUGUCCAUGGUGAUGACGAUGAGUCAUCGUCCUCCUCAUCAUCAUCGUCAUCCAGCGAAGAUGAGGGUGCUGAUGCCCAGAGCGUUGACUCCUUGGAUAUGACCACCAUACGGCUCGACGAGAACACUUGUCCCACCGGCCUCGAUCGUGUCCUCUACGAAUGGUCCUUCACCAUGCGCUCCGAUCGUCAUGCCCUGGAACGCACCCUCCUUGAAAGCCACCGUGAUGUGGAUCGCAAACGACGAGAAAUUGCCGAGAUGCAGACCAAGAUGAAGUACCACGAGGAGGUCUAUCAACGCGAGAAGAACACUCUGCUGGAAUUUAGGCGUAACAGACAACAGGAGAUAAACAAGGUGCAGGUGAACACGAUUCUGCGCAUGGAUCAACUGCAGCAUUUCUAUGAGGGCAACGAUUAUCGAGAUGUCUCCAAUGCGAUACUUUUUGAUGCCGACAUGUUGGUCGAUCUACGACGUCGAGCCGAGAAGCUGCACGAGGAAACGUUGGCCACACGACGAUGGCAUCGCAUUAAUUUCGUGCAUUUGCGUCGCAUGAAUCGGGAUAUCAAGUUUAUGAGAUUUGAAAUAACACGCCUCGAGGAGGAAAUCAAACAGGCGCAGAUGAAGCGCUUUGGAUUGAUUGUCAAUCUCGAUGAACUGGAGGAGGAAGUGCUGCGACGUUACGUCUUUGAGUUGGAAUCAACAGCAGAGGAGGAGAUGUCUGCCCUCGAGAAAGAGCUGCAGGAACGAAAGAUUGAAUUGUCGCGCUGCGAGGAGCAGCUGGUGCAAGAGACACAAACCAACACGGAGAAGCUCAACAUACAGACGGUGCUCUUGGAGCAGCAAAAUGUCCUGGACUCGCUCCUGGACGUGCAGGAGCGCAAUUAUGCCAAGUGGUCAAAUCCUCAGGUGCUCAAUCUAAGCUACGACAUUGAGAAGCUGAUGGGAAUUGAGAGCGCGCUGCUCCAACAGAUUGAGUGCCUGGAGCGAGAGAUCUGCACACUUCGGCUGAAGGCAAAGCCGCUCCAGAUCAACGAGUUGCUUCCAUCUCAACCGCAAGCUGUGCUCAACGAACUCACGCCCAUGGAGCCGGAGGUGGAGCUGUGUCCGGCCAUACUGAACGUGGAGGCGUACAUGCUACCUCCCAUGCCGGAUGACUUCAUCAUGGAUCGGGUGCAUACUAUUGUCCAAAAGAGUUUCAAUCAGUUCUUUGGUCGUCACACGAGCGCCGAUAAUGUGCGCAAAUUCUCGCAGAGAUCAUCGUUGUAUUUGUGCCAGGCGGCCUACAGUUUCCAAGGCAGAUACACGGAUCGCAUUGCCGAGUGCAUCACGGAGCAUCUGGAGACGAUUGUGCCCAAGAAGUAUUUCAUUCAUAUAAGCGCGGAGGAGCUGAGAAAGCUCUUCAAUGAGGUCGUUGCUGUCUUCGACUACGAACACUCCGAUGUCAAUACGGAGGAGCUAAUCUCUGGCAUAUUCGAACAUGCGAAGGAUUCACUGUGUGCCCGUGGCAUCUGUGAGGUGGUCAAUCGCACCCAGUUCAUUGUGAUGCACAUGUUCAAGGAGCUGUCCGAGGUGUUGCCCCUGGAGGAGUUUCAAUCGGAGGAAACGUUGCGCAUUAUUGUCGAUGUGCUGGAACGUGAACCGAUGGCAGAUCCUCGUGCCAUCAAUGUGGAGGAGCUGGUCGCCAGCACCCUAAAGCACGCCCAGGACAAUUUGCUGGACAACAUAACGGCUCUGCCACUGCGCCAGGUGGGCAACAACAUACAGAAGGCACUGAUAAAGCGACGUCAGUACAAAUCCCCCAACUGCCAGUCGCCAUUGUCCGUGCGGAUUGCCAGCAGGAAGCCCACAUCCAGCACAGGAUUACCCUUCUGAAUUUACAUGUUUCCAUUUGUUUUUAUUGAUUUUUGGGAUUAGUAUAACAUAAAUAAAGCUUGGAAAUUCA